AUGUCUGAGAGCAAGUGCCCCGUUGCGCACAAGGUCCCCAACGUCGCUGGACACGGCGUCACUCACCAGAAGUGGUGGCCCGAGUCGCUCAAGACCAACAUUCUGCGCCAGCACAGCAAUGUCACCAACCCUUACGGCGAGAACUUCAGCUAUGCUGAGGCUUUCAAGUCCCUCGACUACAAUGCCCUCAAGGAGGAUCUGCGCAAGUUGAUGACCGAUUCACAGGACUGGUGGCCUGCUGACUUUGGCCACUACGGUGGUCUCAUGGGUCAACAGCGAUUCGCCCCCCUCAACUCGUGGCCCGACAACGUCUCCCUCGACAAGGCUCGCCGCCUCCUCUGGCCCGUCAAGCAAAAGUACGGCAACAAGAUCUCAUGGGCCGACCUCAUCGUUCUCGCUGGCAACGUCGCCCUCGAGGACAUGGGCUUCAAGACCCUAGGCUUCGCCGGUGGCCGAGAGGAUACCUGGGAGGCCGACGAGGCCACCUACUACGGUGGUGAGGAUACCUGGCUCGGAAACGACGUCCGUUACUCCAACGGAAACAAGGGAACCACUAAGCCUGGGGCCACCGACUCGGACCAGACCGAGCACAAGGAUAUCCACACCCGAGAUCUCGAGAAGCCUUUGGCUGCUGCUCACCACGGUCUCAUCUAUGUUAACCCUGAGGGCCCUGAUGGCAACCCCGACCCCGUCGCCGCCGCCCGUGACAUCCGCGAAACCUUCGGCCGCAUGGCCAUGAACGACGAAGAGACCGUUGCCCUGAUUGCUGGUGGCCACACUGUCGGCAAGACCCACGGAGCUGGCUCAACCGACCACGUCGGCCCCGAGCCCGAGGCCGCCGACCUUGCCCAGCAGGGUCUCGGCUGGUCCAACAGCUACAAGAGCGGCAAGGGCCCCGACACAACCACUUCUGGUAUCGAAGUCACAUGGACAAGCACUCCCGUCAAGUGGAGCCACGACUACCUCAAGUACCUCUUCCAGUUCGAGUGGGAGCUCACAAAGAGCCCUGCUGGCGCCCACCAGUGGGUUGCCAAGGAUGCCGAGGCUACCGUCCCCCAUGCCUACGACUCCAGCAAGAAGCAGCGACCUAGCAUGUUGACCACCGACUUGUCGCUUCGCUUCGACCCUGCGUACGAGAAGAUCUCUCGUCGCUUCCUCGAGAACCCCCAAGAGUUCAACGAUGCCUUUGCCAAGGCUUGGUUCAAGCUCACCCACCGCGACAUGGGUCCUCGCGACCGCUACCUUGGCCCCGAGGUCCCCAAGGAGAUCUUCAGCUGGCAGGACCCUGUCCCUGAGCGCGACUACAAGGUCGUCGAUGAUGGUGACAUCUCCGCCAUCAAGAACGAGAUCCUCAAGUCUGGCAUUGACGUCUCCAAGCUCGUCUCUACUGCUUGGGCUUCUGCUUCUACUUUCCGAGGCAGUGAUCUCCGUGGUGGUGCCAACGGUGCCCGUCUCCGUCUUGAGCCCCAGAAGAGCUGGGAGGUCAACAACCCCUCUCAGUUGGGCCAGGUUCUCAACGGUCUUGAGAAGAUCCAGAAGAACUUCAACGACUCUCAGUCCAACGGCAAGGCCAUCUCUCUUGCUGACGUGAUCGUCCUUGCUGGUUCUGCUGCCGUCGAGAAGGCCGCCAAGGAUGCCGGUGUUAACGUCACUGUGCCCUUCAUUCCUGGCCGUACCGACGCCACCCAGGACCAGACCGACGUCCAGUCUGUCGCUCACCUUGAGCCCGCCGCCGACGGUUUCCGAAACUACGGCGCUUCCACAGAGCGUGUCAAGCUCGAGCACAUGCUCAUCGACCGCGCCCAGCUUCUUACUCUCAGCGUCCCCGAGAUCACCGCUCUGGUUGGUGGUCUCCGUGCGCUCAAUGCCAACUGGGACGGAUCAUCCCACGGUAUCCUCACUAAGCGUCCUGGUGUCCUGUCCAACGACUUCUUCGUCAACCUCCUCGACAUCAGCACCGAGUGGAAGCCCGUUGGCAACGGCGACCUGUUUGAGGGUAUUGACCGCAAGAGCGGUAACAAGAAGUGGACCGGUACCCGCGUCGAUCUUAUCUUUGGAUCGCACGCUGAGCUCCGCGCGACAGCUGAGACAUAUGCUGAGGCUGGCGGUAGCGAGAAGCUGGUUCGCGACUUUGUCGCUGCCUGGACCAAGGUGAUGAACCUUGACCGAUUUGAUGUUAAGAAUGGUAACGCGGCUAAUGUCUCUCCUCGACUGUAA